CCAAAUACCCGCUUGGUACUGACAUGUAGGGACAGCCAAACCGCAGUUCUACACAUCUCCUCAGCUCCAGGCGGCGGCGGCGGCGGCGAUGGGCGCGGAAUCGGAGCAACCAACGGCGGCGGCGGCGACCGCCGAGCAGGCGCAGGAUCUCAUCGACGCCGCUAGGUACGAUGACCUGGAGGACGUCGUCGCGCUGUUCACCGCCGGUGUUUCCCUAGACUCCGCGGAUUCGCAAGGACGAACGGCACUUCAUAUGGCCUCUGCCAAUGGACAUCUCGCUGUGGUGCAGUACUUGAUCCAAAAUGGAGCGAAUGUUAAUGCUACAAACUCAGAGAAGAACACACCCCUCCAUUGGGCAUGCCUCAAUGGACAUAUCGAGGUAAUUAAAGCGUUGAUAUGCGCUGGGGCUAGUGUCAGUGCACUGAACAGCCAUGAGAAAACCCCUAUGGAUGAAGCAGUGACGAAGGGCAAGAUGGAGGUGAUCGAUGCAAUCGGUGCAGCAGUAGCUCAAGCAGAACUCGAUGGUGUCACUGUCUCCUAAAAGGACUUGGUACUCCUUCUGAACGGUCCUCUCCUUGACAAUGGAUGACAUAUAACCUUGUUCUUAUCUUUUCUGGUACUGUGUAUUACUGUCUGUGUCACUUGUGAUGCUGAUAUGCUAGUAUCUUGGGCAAUGGGAGAACUUGAACCAUUACUUAAUAUUAUCAAUUCUGUCGGCAAUCAGCUAUUACAAUCAAUGACCUAAAACGAUGGACAUGGAUAUAUACUGUUAUAGGCUAUUUGUGCACCAGUCGAAGUCGCCUGGACUGAUCUUCUGGUUUCAGACUUGUAGUGGACUGGAACUUUGCAUUUGCCGUGUUAGUAACAUAGUCAUGCCCACUCAUGGAAGUAAGUGUAGUUUGCUUGUUAUAACAGAUGUUAUUGGCCUGAGCUUUGCAGCUUGUAAGCUGGGUUAAUCUGUGAGCUGUUACCCAUCUGGGUAUUUCGCGUUGUA